ACUAUAUAAAGGUCCUGGGGCGCUUCCUUCUUUCUGGGAUCCCUAGAACCACCCAACCACUUCCACCAUGGAACGGCUGAGCAUGGCAAACACCCGGUUUGCAGUGGACCUUUUCCGCACCCUGAAUGAGGACAAACCUACUGGAAACAUCUUCAUCUCUCCCAUAAGCAUUUCAUCAGCUCUGGCCAUGAUCUUUCUGGGGUCCAGAGGCACUACUGCGGCACAGCUGUCCAAGACUCUUCAUUUUGAUGCAGUUGAGGAUAUUCAUUCAAGAUUUCAGAGUCUGAAUGCUGAUAUCAACAAGCAUGGAGCUCCCUAUAUUCUGAAACUUGCUAAUAGGUUAUAUGGCGAGAAAACCUAUACUUUCCUCCCUGAGUUCUUAGCUUCAACUCAGAAGAUGUAUGGUGCAGAAUUGGCCAGUGUGGAUUUUGAGCAUGCCUCUGAAGAUGCAAGGAAGGUGAUAAAUGAGUGGGUCAAAGGGCAGACUGAAGGGAAAAUUCCAGAAUUGUUGGCUACAGGUGUGGUUGAUAAUAUGACUAAACUUGUGCUAGUUAAUGCCAUCUAUUUCAAAGGAAACUGGCAGAAGAAAUUCAGUGAAACGGCCACAACCGAUGUACCUUUCAGAUUGAAUAAGAAAGACACAAAAACAGUGAAAAUGAUGUAUCAGAGCGGUAAAUUUCCAUAUGGCUACAUCGAGGACGUUAAGUGUCGUAUGUUGGAACUGCCUUACCAAGGCAGGGAGCUCAGUAUGGUUAUCCUGCUGCCAGAUGACAUCGAGGACGAGUCCACAGGUCUGAAGAAGGUAACAGCUCCCACACUGAUGCUCCAUGUUUCCCUCUGAUAUAUCAAUUCUGCC